AUGAGCGAAAAAGUAAUUCACAGCUUCGAAGGAAUUUGUCCCUUAACACAUUAUGGAAUCUAUGGAAUUAAAAAAAGUUUCAACAUGCCAAACUUUCCAUGCUGUGAUAAAACAGACCACGUAUCUUUGAAAAAACACUUAAUGUACAAACAUAAUCUGUCAAAUACUGCUGCAAAUAAGAUCGUUCUCGAUCGCAUGCAUACAACUAAUCCAAACCGAAAGAAAAAAUCCGCAUUAAUAUUUCACGGUACUCAAGAAUUAUUUUCACAUUCAGUUCAUUGGCACAAAGGGCAAUGUCCGUUUUCUUACGGUUUCACAAAUGUUUAUAAUCUAACAUGCAUCAGUCAUAAGAUAAAAAACUUCGACUGUCGCCAUCGUAAACAAUGUCUGCUACUAUCUCAUUUACGCGUUUCACAUAACUUAAAUAUUAAAUCAGCGAAGAAAAUCGUCAAAGCAAUUAUGUCGUCAUCAAUUGAGAGUAAACAAAAAUCAUCGAUCGAAAACGAUAUCAGAGAAAUAAUUCUCUUCCAGAAAGACGAUGUCGUCUUGAAUACCAAUCCAAAUAUUUAUAACGACGAUCGAAGAUUUCGACAUUAUUGCCCAUUGACAAAAAAUGAAUUCAUUCACGAACAACCACUGUUUAAUAUUCCUUGCACAAAAGUCAACGAGAAAUUUCUUCUGUUCGCUCAUCUUCAACAUUACCAUCAGAUGAGUGGUGAACUUGCUCUUCGUCUCAUUCGUUCUAUCCGUACCGGUACAGAAUCUGCAGUAAUCAAUGAUCUUUUACAAAAUUAUCCUAAUCAACAUUCUAUUGCUACGACAAUGCCCAUCAAUUCUACACAUUCAAAGAACGGCGUUAACGCGGAGGAAAUCGAUAUUGUUCCGUAUAAAUGUAUAUGUCCAUAUUCGAAUCAUUCACCCGAUAGAAAUUCGAAUCAAUCGAAAAACCUGCUGAAAAAAUUUACAAAAUUCGUGCAGAAUAUUCCGUGCGAUCGUCCCUGUGCAGUGAAUCUUUAUCGACACCUUCGAAAUUAUCAUAAAGUUGAUCUACAGCAUGCGAAAGACAUCACGAGGACGAUAAUGCUGGCAAAAACGGUGAAAAACGAUGCCUGCGUACAGGAGUCGAUAACAAAUACAGCAGAGUCACUUAAAAAACGAAAAUUAACGGACGAAUUUGAAACAACGAAACCUCUAGCGCAUAUGGAUUUCCAGAAUAUAAAAGCAGAAGAGAAGAGCGAAUCAAUUGAUUUUUUCAUUGAGAAUGAGAAUCCUGAUGAAUGGGUUGCAUCAAUGAUUAAUGAUGAAGAUUCACUUUUUCUUUCGUUUGAUGAAGAAGGAACUAAUGAUAAUGUCAUCGAAAGCAAUAUCUAA